CCCUUGUCCCCAUGGGCCUUAGCCCACCCAGCCGGCCCAACGUCUCAGCCAGCCCACCUACCCCAUCGGUCGCCUUCGCCUACUGUUCUCCUGGCGCGACCGCUACAGGGACACGUCCCUGUCGGACCAGCUCGCCGGCGCCGCCCCGAGGGGAUAAGGGCGCCGUCCCCUCGACGCCUCGAGCCCUCCCGUCCACUCACCGCUCCCCACUUGCGGCCCCUCGCUCUCUCUCUUGCCCACGCACUCGUCACCUCCUCCAGAUCCAUCGCCGAGCGCGGUCGUUGCCGCUCGCCUCACUCUGCCAUGGCCAGCAGGCACAUCUCGCCUCGCCGUUGCAUCCACAAAGACCGCCGUCGUCCGCUGCGUCUACUACGGAGACGAAACGAGCCGGAACCCCUUCCAUCGUCGAGCCGGCCCUCUGCUUCCACCUCCGGCCACCGAAGGCCGCCGCCGUCGUUCUGCUGCACCGAGCCUCCCCCGAGCCCGCUCAUGCACAUCUGCAGGUCCGCGAUGACGGAGUCCAGGAGCCAGAUGACACCUUUGACGACUACUACUACCCCGAGGGUGCCUACUACCACGUGACGGACGCCAACGACCAGGAGUAGUUAGGAGGCUCCCAGCCAGGAGGCCUUCCCUUUUCGAUCAUAGAUGCUUUUGUGCUAGCCUUCUUAAGGCAAACUUGUCUAACUUAUGUCUGUACUCAGAUAUUGUUGCUUUCGCUGACUCUUGUGUUUUCGAGCUUAUGUAUUCGAGCCCUCGAGGCCC